CGGUUACGUAUUUUAUAACCUCGUUUGUUUUGAUUUUGAUCGCACAUGAUCAUACUAGCAAAUAUGGCUGAAGGUAACAUCGACGAAUCGAAUUUUGAAGAUUUGGGGAUCAAUGAAGUGUUAUGUCAAGCUUGUACAAGACUCGGUUGGAAAAGUCCAACAAAAAUACAAAAAGAGGCUAUUCCAGUUGCAUUAGAAGGAAAAGACGUCAUAGCAUUGGCAGAGACUGGCUCUGGCAAAACAGGUGCAUUUGCUUUGCCUGUUCUACACACAUUACUGGAAAAUCCACAAAGGCUCUAUGCUUUGGUUUUAACACCAACUCGGGAAUUGGCAUUUCAAAUAUCAGAACAAUUCGAGGCGCUUGGUUCAUCAAUUGGAAUCAAAUGUGCUGUUAUUGUUGGUGGAAUAGAUAUUAUGACACAGAGCCUUGCACUGACGAAAAAGCCACACGUGAUUAUAGCCACGCCUGGACGCCUGGUUGAUCAUUUAGAAAACACAAAAGGAUUUAACUUACGGUCGUUAAAAUAUUUAAUAAUGGAUGAAGCUGAUAGGAUACUCAACAUGGACUUCGAAGAGGAGGUUGAUAAAAUUUUAAAAGUUCUCCCGAAAGAAAGACACACGUAUUUAUUUUCAGCCACAAUGACAAAAAAAGUUCAAAAGUUACAAAGAGCUUCACUGCAAAAUCCUGUGAAGGUUGAAGUCUCCACCAAAUUUCAAACUGUGGAAAAACUGCAACAAAGUUAUAUAUUUAUCCCAAAUAAAUUCAAGGACUGCUAUUUGGUUUCCAUCAUGAACGAUCUGGCUGGCAAUUCUUUUAUGAUCUUUUGUGGAACUUGUAAUAACGUUCAAAGAAUCUGUUUACUUUUGCGCCAUCUUGGUUUUCAUGCAAUACCACUGCACGGCCAAAUGAGUCAGUCGAAGCGGCUUGGAGCUUUAAAUAAAUACAAAUCAAAAACACGUACUAUAUUGGUGGCCACUGAUGUUGCUAGUCGUGGUUUGGAUAUACCUCAUGUGGACAUCGUGAUCAACUUUGAUAUUCCUACCCAUUCAAAGGAUUAUAUACAUCGAGUCGGAAGAACAGCUCGAGCUGGAAGAUCUGGAAGAUCAAUCACAUUUGUAACCCAAUACGAUGUUGAAUUGUAUCAACGCAUCGAGCAGCUAAUUGGAAAAAAGUUGCCUUUACACCCCAUGGUUGAAGAAGAGGUUAUGCUAUUAGUUGAACGAGUAACCGAGGCACAACGAUAUGCAAAACUGGAGUUGAAAGAAAUGCAUGACAGCAAGAAACGAUCGAUCGAUAUCGACGAUGAAAGCGCUUCAUCCACUGUGGAGGGUUUGACGAAAAAAAUGAAACAAGAUCAAGAUCAGAAGAGAAUAAAGAAAGGAAGCAAAUUUAAAAAGAAGUUUGGAAAGAGAUAACAUAUUUUCAGAAUAUAUAUUUGUCAAAAAAA